UCGUCCGUCGCGCUGUGUGCAAACCCAUAUUCUAGUACGACCGAUAGAUACACACGCAGGAUAUGGACGCUUGGUCUGCCCAGUGCUAAGUGCAUUGGCUCCAACCCUCCAAACCCCUCACUCAGAAGGGUGCGACCGAUUGAAUUCCGUCCAAAGUGGCGCGUAGUAGCUGGAGUGACGUGAUAGAACCAAUCUAGCAGGGCGCUACGUGACUGCCCGCCACCCAGUCCAGCAAAAACAAACAUACACCUGCAGCGGGCACGGGGGAACGGAGGUGGCCCAUGCAGUGCCCAUCGCCUCACUCACUACCCGCGAGCACGAAACGUGAAAUAUAAAUUUGCCGCUCGGUGGAAGGAGCAAAUAUAAAACAGACUUGUGUUCCCCGCCUUGGCGCCUAGCUGCAGUUCCUGGCUAGGCAAAUCAUCUCCGCUCGCUGAAAAGAUCAAGAUUUUCAUACGCAGGCAAUAAAUCGCUCAUCGAAACGGUGCUUGCGACGAACGCGGGGUAUGCGGGCUGGCCCUGUAGUAAAUGGAACGCGAGCGAAAAACGGAAAAACCGUUCACGUGCGCGUGAUAGUGCUCGUUGGUUAGAGGCGAAACCAUUAAAACAAGUGUGUAUCGUUCUCGUUCAACGCGAAGAUGUGCAAGGGCUGCGGCGUGUCUCUAGUGGAAAGACCGAUGCAAUAAAGCGGUACAGCUCCGUUUGACGUCACCAUGAGCUACACGGCGGAGGAAAAAAUCAAGCUAGCCGGGGAGGAUUCAAAGGAUCGGCUGUACGAGGCGAAGCAGAACCAGAAAGCAAUCCGGAUCCUUACCGUAGCGGCGUACGUGCUUUGCGUAUCGCUGGUGGCCAUCAUGCUCUCGCUCUACUACAUCUUCUUCUGGGAUCCCAGCACGAAUCCGAUGCAGCAGAAAACACAAACUAUCGAUACCCUCAUCAUUCCGGAGCAUCUGGCUAUCCGGUUGGCGAACCGGAGCGAGGUUCCGGCGAACCGAUUUUUCCACACAUUCUAUCAAAGCCUCGUCCAGGAUCGGCUCGUUAAGAUCCGGAAGGAGGUGCACAUCAGCGAAUCGGGCAACCUGACCCGCCUCAUCGAGCUCUAUCAUCAGCAGCAGCAGGAGAGGCGGCGUACGGCAGAGAAGACGCUUUCUGCCCGCAAGCGCCAGCAGAAAAGUGGAUCCGACCAGCCGUUAGCUACAUACGAAACGGCAUUGCAGAAGCAACAGCAGCAACCGCGAAACAUUGGUGAUGAUGGUGACCAGCAGCGCUCGAUAGCGGAUGAGGACGAUGCGAGCGACGAUUAUGAGCAGAGCGGCAACUAUGAGCUGUACUCUAAUCACACCACCAUUCAGCUGGAUGUUGACGAGCCGGAUCAGCAGUGAGCUGUUGUUUUACUGUCGGCAGAUAGGGUAUUAUGGCAUAGGCCGCACUGCAAGCAGCGUUACCGGAUAUGCAGGAUAGUCAAACAGGGAUCUCGCGCACAUAUUUUACACUUUUGCAAUGCAUAGCACAGCACACCACACCGUAACAUACGACCAAUGUUUCCCGCAAUGAGGGCACGCGUAAUACACAUCCCCCAGGCGCCAGGCUUACCACUGGAGGAAAAAUGCAAACGGGGGGAGGGGAGGUGGGGCCUAGGAUAACCGAUUAAUCUGGGGAAGUCAUUAAGUGACACGUUACACGGCAAACGGCAAGUAUAUCUACUCGAACCAACGCAUUUAAGUGUAACGUUCAAAUAGGUGAGUUAAAGCAUGUGAGUGGAAACACAAUUCUGUGGCCUAAACAAUCGAACAUUGGAGCUUGCAGUCUCCUCUCCUCCUUCUCCUCAUCACAAUGACCAAAGGCUUUCCUUAAAAUGAAAAACAAAAACAAAAACAAAACUAAACUAAACUCGGGUAUGUUAUGUGUACAGUCAUACCGUCUAUAAAAAAAAAACAGGAGUUUGAACACAGGCAAUUAGCGAUGUAAUAUGUUUGGUAGCAAUAGAAACGGUUAUUUUAACAGGUGUGCUUACAAGCAGCAGUCGAGACUCUUCGAAUAUUCGAAGGGUGACACUUUAUGCAUACUUCUUUGCAACCGGGGGUUACUCUUGAGCCAGCAUUUGUUUGAAGUGAAUAAAAUAAAGUAGUAACGAAACGUUAAACAUCAUGGUAUCGUUCUA